AUGGAUGUCAGCAUUAUGCGCGAAAACGGAGCAUAUAAUAUAACAUCUGAAACAAAGACGAAUGUGACAGAAAUGAGUGCUGUAAAGGGUCCAAUCGUUGUCCCAAUGUACCAGCAAGCGAUAAUAAUCACGAUGUACAGCAUAAUCAUAUGUCUGUCGGUAUUCGGAAAUUCAAUUGUGUGCUAUAUCGUAUUUUCAUCGCGUAAAAUGAGGACAGUAAUGAACUUCUUUAUCGUCAGCCUGGCUUUGAGUGACAUCCUUAUGGCAGUGCUCUGUAUUCCAUUGACGUUUAUAGCAAAUCUUAUUAUAAACUCUUGGCCCUUCGGCGAAACAAUGUGUCCAAUUGUCUCCUUUAUUCAAGUGGUAACAGUAUUUAUGAGCUCAUUAACACUCGUAGCCAUAAGCCUUGACAGGUACUGGGCAAUUGUUCACCCUUUGAGACGAAAAAUGUCUAAGCGUCAAGCCUGCAUUGUGAUUUCCGUCAUCUGGUUAUUGUCCCUAGUAAUACCUUUGCCGACAGCUAUAAAGGCAAGGGUCCACCAGUACGUGAACGAUUCAAAUGCUCCCUUCUUUUGCGAGGAAUUAUGGGAAAAUGUUACAGGGCAGUCCAUUUACAACGUAUUGCUACUACUUUUACAGUAUUUUAUUCCACUUGCAAUCCUCGUGUUUGCUUACGGAAGAAUUAUCCGCGUGUUGUGGAUCGUAAAGACUCCCGGAGAAGCUGUAAAUGACCGGGACAAAAGAAUUGCUACAUCCAAGAAAAAGAUCAUCAAGAUGAUGAUAGUGGUUGUGAUUAUAUAUGCUAUUUGCUGGCUUCCUCACCAUGUUAUCACCAUAGCUGGCGACAUCAACAUUACGUUCUACAAUCUUCAAGGAAUGAACAUUGUCUGGACGGCGUCUCAUUGGCUCGCCAUGUCCACUUGCAUGUACAAUCCGUUUAUCUAUUGCUGGAUGAACGCUAAGUUCCGGAACGGGUUUAUUAAAGUGUUCAGAUGUGUAACGUGUGGAUUGACAAAACCUCGGCGUGGAAUUGAGAUGCAACACAUGAGUUAUCAUCAUAGUGGUGCUUUAUCGCCAUAUAUAGCGUGUCGCGUGCCCUCAGGACUAUAUGGACGUGGGAAGUUACAGGUUCGCGAUCUACGAUACGAGUGGUCUGACAUCGAUGGAACAAUAUAA